UUUUACCAUAUGUAAAUAAAAACAUGCUGAUAUAAAAGUUUAACAGUAGCAAGUUUUCAGGUGUCAGACAAAAUAACAUGAGUUUUUGAGCAAUUACAAAAUAGCACACAUAUCUGCACAUUGGGGGCGCGAAUACAGAAAACACUUUUUUCUACAAUGGAAAACAACUUAUAAACUCAUACAACAACAUUUCUCAUACACACACACUUAAAAAACACAUUUCGGUCAAAAAACUUGGGUUUAAGAAGAAUGUGGAAUUGAUUUUCCAAAAUGCCAAAGAACCCAAAAAAUCGCAGAAAGGCCCCUAAUGCCUUAGAACCUCCAAUCUAUGUAGAAUGUCCUCACAUCCAUUUCAAAGGCGACACAAUUGAUAGAGGAAUCCUCUCAAGAUCGCAACAUUUGAACCUAUUGUCCACUCCAAAAGGUUAUCGAUGGGAUAUAAAAAAAGAAGAUAGCCAAGAAAGAGAUUCCGAGGGAGAUGAACAAAAUGCAGGAGCCAGAAGUGCAGCCAGUUUCGGCAAGUAUGGACCCAGGGUAAUAUGUGGCCGUCGCAUUAGAAGACCUGAGAAAGCGUACAUUCAUAAUUUUCUGGCAGAAAUAUGGGCUUUGCUGACUCCAGAAAUGAUCGAUCGUCUCAAAGAAAUGCUCAUGACAGAAUUUGGCAUGUCACCAGCGGAGGCCGAAGAGUUCAUUUUGGAUCAAAAAGAAAAAAGCAUAUUAAAAAGUUCAACUGUAAGCAUGAUUAAGGAAGAUGAUGGUAGAACAAGAGUAUCGAUUCGCAAAAACAAGAGUAAGAUGUGCUGUAAAUGCCCGAAAACCUGUCUUGGAAUAAGACAUUAUUGGGUGAAAGAAUUUUCAAAAAUGUUAUCAGCAAAACUGACCGACUAUGUCGUUGCGAUGAUGUGUGCAAGGAGAACUAAACGCGUUCGAAAAAUUGCUGAGACUGUUCUAAAGCACUUGUGCGAUAUCACUGGAGAAGAAGCCACCUUAAGUAACCCUAAAACAAGGGUUCAAAGAAUAAUGGUUUUCGCAGCUGACAGAAUGGCAAUUUGGCUGGACGGUAUAGCUGAAGAAAGUGAUAAAGAAAGAAGAAAAGAAAGGGAAGAAAGGGAAAAGGCUCGGAGAGACGAAGAAGGAAGUAUUGAGGGAUCGGAUAAACAGGAUGAUAAGAAAGGUAAAGGAAAAGGAGCAAGUGGUGGGAAGAGAGAUGGGAAACGAGGUGAUGGUAAAGGCGGCAAAGGUGGUGGAGGAAAGAAAGGUGGAGGUGGCAAAGGUGGUGCUGGUGGUGGAGGUGGUGGUACUGGUUCGAAAGAAGAUGGUGGCCCUGGAUCUAGAGGCGAUGACAGUGGAGGAAGCCGCCACAGUGGUGACGACGCUGAAGAUAAGCGUGGUGCUAAGCCUGACAGCAAAGGUGGGAGCAGGCAAGGCAGUCCACACGGAAGCAAGCCUGGGAGUAGACAUAGUAGCAAACCACAAAGUAGACAAAGCAGUAAACCCGGAAGUAGACCUGGAAGUAAACCGGAGAGUAGGCAGAGUAGCCGGCCUACUAGUAGUCAGGGCAGCAAAGUACGAAGUGGAGCAGAUACUCGUCAGGGUAGUAGACCAGGGAGUAAACCAGGCAGUAGGCCCGGCAGCAGAAGUGGAAGUAGAUCAGGAAGCAUCUCAGAAAGUAGGGUGGAAGGAAGGUCUAGGGCGGACAGCGAGCCAAGAACGAAAGUCGGCAAACCUGGAAGUAGGCCUGAAAGUAAGCCAGGAAGUAGACCUGAAAGUCGAGUUGGAAGUAGGGCUGGAAGUAGGCCUGAAAGUAGGCCUGAGAGUAGGCCUGAGAGUAGGCCUGAGAGUAGACCUGAGAGUAGGCCUGAGAGUAGAGCUGGCAGUAGGCCUGGAAGUAGACCUGAGAGUAGAGCUGGCAGCAGGCCUGGAAGUAAGCCAGGAAGUCCAAAACGCGCCAGAUCAGAAAGUUUCGAAGGUGGACCGAGCAGUAGUGAUGUUAGCAGGCCAACUAGUAGGGAAGCUGCCAAACGGGAUCAUGGAGACCAACAGCAAUCUUCUAAACAAGCAGUACAACCAGGAUCGAGCACGAGUGUUUCUAAACAAACAUCCAAACAACCAUCAAAGCAUUCAACUGUUUCGUCCAAACCACAGACAAGUCCAUCGUCAAAAUACUCACCUAGACAAGACAGAGGCUCAGACGAAAAGAUCCAGAGUAGAACGACUUCUCGACCCGAUGGAAAAGGUGGAAGGGAGAGAACAAGAAGUGAUAAGAGAGAUGAAAUAGAAACAGGUGGAAGGGAGAGAAAAAGAAGUGAUAAGAGAGAUGAAAUAGAAACAGGUGGAAGUCAAAUGGAUGUGGAUAAGCAUAGAUCUGAGAGUAAGCAUGGUGGUAAAUCUCCUGUAGGUAAACCAGGAACUGUAGGUAAAUCAGGAAGCUCUCCAGGAAGUCCAGCAGAAGGCUCACCAGGAAAGCAUGGAAGCAAAGCUGGUAGUAAACAAGGAAGUAAACCUGGCAGUACAACAGGAAGUAGAACGGUAAGUGGCAAACCUAGUCGUACUGAUACUGGCGUUGCCGAAAAAUCCAAGAGUAAAAGUCCGUUAUUUGAAAGAAAGGUGAGCAGUAAACUCUCUACAAAAUCAGAAGCAGCAAAAAGCAAAGGUGAUGAAGGUAAAUUGGACGGAGCGCAUGGAAAAAGUAGAGGUGACGAUUCAACUGAUAACAUUCCAGGAAGUAAACUGGAAAGUAAAACAAAAAGCACGGCUUCAUCUAAAGCUACUGGUAAAACUGCUGAGGGUAAAGUGUGUAGUCAACCAGCAAGCAGAGUUGGAAGUGCUAUGGAAAUUGCCCAAAAGAGCAGAGAACAAAGUAAAGAUGACGUCGGUAAAACAAGUGGGGGAGGAAGUAAAACGGGCAGCAAACCAAGUAGCAGAGGAGAAAGUGCAGCGGAUGGUGCAAAAAGAAGCAAAGGAGAAAGUACUGCGGAUGGCGCGAAAAGAAGCGGAGGAGAAAGUACUGCGGAUGGCGCGAAAAGAAUCGGGGGAGAAAGUACUGCGGAUGUCGCGAAAAGAAGCGAAGGAGAAAGUAGAGACGACAUUAAAUCAAAAAGUAGAAAAGAUAGCGGUGGUAAACCGGGCAGCAGAGGAAGCAAAGGAGAAAGUACGACGAAGGAUGUCGCGAAAAGCAAAGAACCAAGCCGAGCUGAGCUUAAAUCAAAAAGCGGGGGAGAAAGCAAAACGAGCACCGCUGCAAAGAGCAAAUCAGAACUCGAUGCAGACCACGUUGGAAAGAGUAAAGCAGGUAAAGUUGAAAGUUCCUUGCCAACCAAAGAUGAAAGGUCCAGAAGUCAACUGGGCAGUACGUCUAGCAGAGAAAAAGGAAAGAGUGAUCACUUGGGUACGAAAGAAGGUUCAGAAAUUAAAGAAACUGAUUCCAGCAAAGGUAAAGUCAAACCUGCUGCGAAGGGUCCAACCAAAGGCACAAUGGAAAGUAAAGCAGAAAGAAGAGCUGGAAGCGAGGAAGUCAAAAGCCAAGGUCCAAAAGAUAAAUAUGCUAAAGGAGCUAAAGGAGCGAAAACAGCUCAAGGUCCGAUUUCAGACGACGACGAAUGCAUUUCUCACGCAGGACGCGAAACUUCGCGUAUUUCUGUCGACUCUAAGAAGGCCAAAUAUGGUCGAAAGGAUCAAGGACCAGGUGGAGAGGACGGAAGGAGAGGAGAUGAGAAAUUUGAAAAAGAAUCCAGCUCAACACGGCUGGCUAGUGGUGAGACUGGCAAACCACAAGAUAAAAUGCAAAAAUCAGCUGCAGGAGGAGGUCUUCCAGCUUCAGGAGAUUUAACUGCACAUCCGAGUAAAGUAAGGGAAGUGAUGGACCAUGUAACAGAUUGGAUCGAGCAGACGAAGCCGGAAACUACACCGCGGCAACAAGCCUUGAAGGAAGUAGCAGGGCACCGGUUGUCCAAAGAAAUUCCUGCUCAAGACAAUAUUACUAAAGAUACAAUCGGGGCGAUAAGUGACAAACUUUCGACAUGGGUAGACCAAAUUGUAUGUGACGUUGAACAGGAAUACGGCGUCAAAGGACAAAAACGAGAGAUAAAACCUAGGCGCCAAAGAGAUAAAGGACCUACUUUCCAUAUCAAGAAAGACGGCAAUAAAUACGAUGUCAAAACCGUUUCUCCAGCACAAGUCAGAGAAAAAGUGGCACAGGCUAAAGAAAAAAUACCUAUCGGCGAGAACAAACCUGGCAACGAAGAACCAUUUAAAGAACAGGAAAUGAAAGAAUGGGCCAAAUGGGCGGCUGACGUAGUUUCAGUGGCCGAGCAGUGGGCAGAUUGGAUUGACAAGACAUGUGCGGAUGCCGAAAACAAGGCCAAGAUCCAUAAAGAAAGCAACAAAGACUACGAUAUGUGGAAGCAUAAAACGCAGGAGGACGCGUUGGAAUGGAGGAGAAAUAAAAAAGUACUGAAAGAUGUGGCAGAUAUGUGGCAGAAAAAGGCAGAAAAAACAGCACAAAAUUAAUGUCCUGUUCUGUAAAAUUAAUUAUUGUUCAAUUAAACUUAAUAUCAUAACAUGAA